ACAAAAAAGCGAGAAGUACUAGAAAACAAGUGAAUUAAAAUUGAACUGGUAUUCAGUUCAGUAACUGAAUUGUGGAAUAAACAAAACAAAUAACAUCGAAAACAUAACCUCGAAAUGUAAAAUUUUUCUUUUUACUGUGUUGAGCACUCCUAAGUUCGUUAAUUCUCAUUUACUAAUUUGUUUAAUUAUGUGAACUCCGAUUAAUAAGAAAGAAAUUGAAAAUUUUGAUUAAAAAUUAAUGAAAUCAUCUAUAUUAAAAUAUGCUUAUUCUGAGUUAUUAGUUUAUUUAUACAUAUAUUUCGCGCCGGCUCUGUUUUGACAAUUUGGAAAGCUGCCCUUAUCGACGCUGGCGUUCCCUUGCGAGGUUUCUCGUAAGUUACAUUUAAAAUGGCGGAAUACAUUAAUAACAUGUCAAGUAGUCGGCGUUUUGUGUAAAAAUUGAAAUUUCCAUCAAAAUAAACAAAUUUCUGUCACUAUUAGUCUUCUUGUUUAAGAUUUAAUUAAAUAAUAUAAUUUAAUAAAAUGGAGGAAAGCGAAAAAACGGAAGAAUCGUGUCGUUUGUGUGACGAAAUUGCAGAAAAGAUGUUAAGCAUCUUCGAUAAAAAUGAAGAAGGCAUUGAAAUCCUUCAACUUAUCAAAGAAUGCCUUCCCAUUGUUAUAUAUAGGACUGACCCAUUAUCAAAGCAAAUUUGUGAAAGUUGUAACGAGACUCUGAGUUCACUUAGUAGUUUUAAGAAAAAUUGUGAGGAAAUUGCCCUAAAACAAAAAGAAAAGCUUCGCGAGGAGCCUAGUGAUAAUGCUAUAGAAGCUUUUCUAGCUUGUGGAGAAGUGGACGAAAUUUCAGAGUUGAAAGAUGGUAGUACAUCUACAGAUGACCUCAAUAUAUUUUGUAAUAAUUGCAAGCAAACUAUUUUGGAAAGUAACCAAGUAAACGGUGAGCUGGAACUGGCCAUUGCUGAAUCUAUGGCCAAGAAUAAAAUCAAGACAGAAAAUUCUGAAAAGUCUCUUAGGAGAAGAAAAGUUGUUCCUUUUUAUCAUGAAUUAGAUGAUUCACUAUGCAGCAGCUUGACAGAAUUCACUCAAAAUACAGAAGGCUCCCAAUUAUAUGAUGAUAAUAGUGAUUUGGAUGGUUCUGAUGAAUCAUUGGAAGAACUGAGGCCAAGAAAACGAAGAAGAAUAAUAGAAUCAGAUGAUGACGAUGAAGAUAGUCUAGAUAGAAAUGAAAGAACAAAUGGAAGAGUGAAAAGACUUUGUAGAAAACCUAAUAUUGUUGAUGAUGAUGAAGAAGAAGCAGCUGGGCCUGUAGAAGAUGAGGACGAAGAAAGCACACUAAUUGAUAAAUUCAUGGAUGAAGAGGAAUAUCGGUAUCAACCUCUAUCCUUAUUUCAACUGGUAUUGAAUUCAAUAAACAAAACUAACAUUCCCGACUAUGACCCAGAGGAAUACUUCCAAGAAACAAUAUUCCCUCAAUGUGGAUAUUGUGAACAACAAUUCCGCAACCUUAAAGUUUUAUCUAUACAUGAACAAAAACAUAUUGAUGUGGAAAUAGGGGAGAAAAUUGAUAAUCCCUUACCAUGGCCUGAAGAUAGAGAUGAUUCUGAUGUUAGGAAUAAGUGGCUUAAUUAUUUUGAUGAAAACGGGUAUGAAGAUGAUGAUAUUGUUAUUGAUGAUGUAGUUGAUGCAGAAAGUUUACUGAUUCCUAUUGAUGAGAAAGAUAGAGAUCCAAAUGGUAUGAAACUCACAGGAGACGAAAAGAUCACUCUAGUAGGUACUCAACCCAUGGUGAAUGAUGUUUAUUUAGGAGAUUAUUCUAAAGAUGAUAGGAAACUACUGUAUCAAUCAAUGAGAAUUGGAGGUGUCAAUAAAAAAUUCUGUCCACUUUGUAGAUAUACUUUCAAAGAUAAUUGGGCGAUAGAAAGUCAUUACUUUUCUUUGGCUUGUUACUAUACAUGUCGUUAUUGUGGAAUGCGCUUCAAUAAACAAAGGCAUAAAUUUAAAGAGCAUUGCGAUGAGCACGAAACUAAGAAAGAUGAGGUUUCAGAAAAAAUUUAUGCAGCAAGCAAACUUAGUAACAUCAUACCUAAGAUAAUCCACCCUCCGAAACCAAGAAGAAUAGUUGUAACACAACAUAAUCCACCUCCUGAAAUGGUAGCUGCCAAUAAUCAAUUUUUCAGUGGACAAAAUCUAAAUAAUUUAUCAGGAUUUUGUCAACAAGGUCCUCCACAACCUAAGAGGAGUUUCAUGGAGAGAAAGACUCUACAGCCCAAUUUGCAAAUUAAAGAAGAACCUCAGGAUUCUAAAGAAUUUCAAACAUCACAGUCAAAAACCGGCAAUCAAGCAUACUUUUGUCGAAAAUGUUAUAAAGUGUUCUUCAAAUUGGAUGAAUUCAAUAUCCAUAGCAAGAAUUGUGAUUUUAGUCAGUUUCCACAAAUGCGAGCAGCUGGCAAUAAUAAGACAUUAUCUGGCAAAAAUGGUGAUGUUUCUCCAGCAGGAAGACCAGUUAGAAAUUGCGCCAAAGAAAUAGGACCUUAUAAAGAUGACAUUUAUCUCCCCGAUCAUAUUUUAAAAGAACCUAAAUCUUCGAAUUCGCAACAAACUUUCGUUUGUUUUAUUUGCAACACCCCAUUUCCUACAAUAUACUCUCGAAACAGUCAUAUGCGUAUACAUAAAGGCGAAACACAAGUUCAGCCACCUUACAGUAAUCGCCCACGUUUUCCGAAUCCGCCGAAUAACCAAAUGGGUCAAUUGAACUACCGACAACCGCCGCCUAUGCCGCAACAGUAUCCGCCAGUGCAGCCGAUGGAUAUUUACAUCAAACAAGAACCCAUGGAUCCGGCUACUAUGGAACCCAUGGUGGAAAUUCACGAACAGGGAGGACCUAUGGAUCAAGGACAGAUAGAACAGCAAAGUUUCCCUGAUACAUUAGGAGAUGGUGCCGUCAGUAUUACUCCUAUAAGUAAAAAUCCCAAGCAGAAGGCUUUGAUAAAUGCCAAUGUUAUGAAAAUCGUACAAAAUAAUCCUCAAUUGUCGAUUAAGAAAUCAUCUGAGAAAAUGCAACAAGUUGCUGCCGGUACCAGCCAAAUACCAAUGGGUGUUAAUUUACCUGAUCCUGACAGGUCGUACAAAUGUUCUUCCUGUUGGGAAGCCUUCGCUAACAAAUCCCACUUGUAUUUCCACAAGAAAAACCAAUGCGAAGGGUCUCGAUUGCCGUGUCCCUUCUGUAAAAAACGUUUUGGCACUGAAGCGGAAUAUAGUUCACAUAUUUAUUAUAGUCAUCCUGAAUAAUGUUCAGUUUUAGCUUCAUUUUCCGGUUAUAGAAUUUAUUUUUUACAUUUUACCGAAAAUAAUAUAAUAGUCGUUAAAGGCUAUAAAUUUCAGUGUGUUUUGGUAAGGUGUAUUAAAACAUUUAUAGUGUUAUAUUACUGCCUGAAUGAAAAUUAAGAGAUUGGUUAACUUUUGAACACUGUCGUCAGAAAUUUACAGAGAGAAAAAGUAACAACUGUCUUCGACCUCAGAAAAUCACCUAAGGAUGUGUAUUGUGUUAGGUAGUAGAUAUAUUAAAAUCCACAUUCGAUAAUCACAAAAUGUACAACUUCGUUUAUUAAAUUGUGUCUUGACCCAAACAAUUUUUUUUUCGCUCGUUUUUUGUCAACUUUAGUUAUUUUACCAACAUGUUACUGAAUUAAUGCAAAAAGUACAUGUUUUUCUAUAUGAUUGUUCAUUUAAAAAAAAACACGUGUUGUUGCCAAAUGGCAAUGUUUGGCAGAAAUAAGUACAAAAUUCCAAAAAUUUUAAUAAAAAUAAAAAACUUAGCUUUUUGUAUGAAAACAGGAUUGCAUUCUAAACAAAGUCCUACCUUGCACUUGUUACACAUUGUCCUCAUUAUAGAUCAGCAUCCUUUCCCUGCACUUCAUUUUUUUUAUCUGGCACACUUAUCAGAAUGUGGUCAUAUCCUGUUAAGUGAAAUGUUAGGUCUUCCGGCAGAUUUAGGGAAAGUCCCAUACCUGGUUAAUUAUACUUGUACCAAUUCCAGUUGAGUCAUUUGUAAUUGAAACGUCGAUUAACCAGGUGAAUAUGCACCACCAUUAUUUUUUUUUAAUGAAUACGCUGUAUCGUAUCGAUUGAUAUUCUCGUACAUCAAAUAAGUAUCCCCCAUACCUUCAUUAUAUUCGCCAAUUACGUUGUUGUCUAGCCUUGUUCGAUCGUUCUAGCGUAGAUUGUUGAGCUCCUUUUCUAUAUUGUUUACUCAUGAUCUUUUUGUUAGUUUACGGACAGUCUUUUGGGAUUCUAUUAUCGAAGAUAGUACCUCCUGAGGUAUUAUGAAUUUCAGCAGCGCUCUGUAUGUAUAUAUUUUGAGUGACAAUUAACUUAUUUUUUAAAGAUCUGUAAUAAGAACUCGAGUGAGAGGAACGUUGAUAUUUUCCUUAACAGCCCUCUUCAGAAUAACUUUAAAGUAAGUAAGUAAGUAAGAAAACUUGUUUCGGGUGGUUCAAUAUAUAUUGAGUCCGCUGGUAGUUCAUCAGAAUAUGCAAUUUGGAGAGUUUCCUCUAAAGUCUGCGUGCCUAGAGUUGCCGUAUGGCUACUACACAUCAAAAUAAACAUGUGCAGGUGUUACACAAAUUGGUAUUAUUAAUAAAUUUUCUUAUAGAAACAUGUAUUUGUGUUUAAUUGAAUACCACAUCAAAAAAGUAUAAAUAUUUGUUUCUGGCAAAAAAAGAAUUUGUACUUAAUCGAACCGUAUGUCUAUUUUUAUCGGUACGGCCACUAGGAGUUGUUAACCUGCCGUUCGAUCAGCAUGUGCAAUUUGUCAUGAAUAGAGAAGACGUUAUACACAUCCAAGUAAAUAUAGAUGCUGCCAUCUAUCCAAUACUUUCCUAAUCUUUUUAGAAAUUCGCGCUGUCAAAUUACAUUUACUGUGGCCGUUUGGCAACACCGGGCUUUGAUGGGUUAAGAAUAAAAAAUAAGGUACUAAAAAGUUACUAUCAUCUUAAGAAUUGAUCAAUAACAUCUUUAGUCUUUGUAAUAUAGUUGCUCAUCAACUGUCAAACCAGUGUCUAUCUCCGAUCAACAAAUUUUACUUAAGUUGACAUGUAUUUGAAAUUAAAUGGUUGCAAUGUUGAGACAUCUGUGAUUUUGUUGAUUAUUUUGUGGAUUUUGUUAAUUUGUGAUAGAUUUUAAUAUAAACAUAGUAUAUAUAAGAAUUUUUGGACAGUGUCCAAAUUUUCCCAUAAUCAACGUAUUUAAUUUGCAAAACGAUAAUGUACGUAAUUAAUUAAGAUUGAAAUUUCAAAUUUUAUCAUUUUUUUUUGUGUUUGAUAUUAUUAAAAUAUUUGUAAGAUAUCACACUGAAUCUCGGGCCUGUCGAUGAAAAAAAAAUUUGUUGAUUAGAAAAAUAUUAUUUUUAGUCUGAAUUUACACUAAACUAAAAUUGCUUCCAAAAUUAUUUUAUUAUAAAACGCUUUUCUACAAUUCCUCUCUUUUUACUUUCAAAAAUCUCAACUCAUUUCUUUCAAAUUUUUUUCUCCAUUGAUGGAAUAUUGUCUCCAACUUUUCCUUCUAGAAUUAUUUAGACAAAUGAGGAUAUCAAAUUAAUGCCCAUCUUGAAACCAGCGUAUGUAUCCAAUAUUGUAAGAAUGAAAACAGAUAGAUUUACAAGAAAAAUAAUGAAAACUGGAAACAGAAUUAAAAAACUAACCGGGAGAACAUGAAAAAAAUUUUUAGGAAAAGAAAUAGAAGAAAGGAAGAAGACAUAAACUAACAAACUUUAGCAUGGAGUCAAAGCCGUUGGAAAUCGCUGUCAUAUCAUAAACAAAAAUUUGUUUAUGUCUUGAGAGCUCUAUUUUUAAUGAAAUUUCAACAAUCUACAGUUGUUUCUUUUGGUUUAUUACAAGAAGAGUUUCUAUUUGAAUAACACAGUGAAACCAUGGAAUGGAUAGAAUAACUUCUACACUUGUCCAGUAAUCUUUCCACAUAAUACGAAAUAUAUACAAUACCAUUGUCUGUGAAAAAGCUAUUAUAAUGUUUCAACAUCUUGGGAAUACUAAAUGAAACUAUGACCAAAAGUUUUAUUCACUAGAUGAAGAAUUGACAAUGAUUUUAAACGUAAAUUGUAUCAUCCAUGUUUUAAUUUGAUGAAUAACCUGUUUUUUGAGGUUUGUGGUCAUUUCAUCUCUGAUUCUGAAAGGUUUAUUCAAAUUUAAGUUAAGAAUCCUUAACCGGUCAACACUUUUUGAAUUUGAUGAGAAUAAAAA